AUGAGUGAACCACCUGGUGAACCACCUGCAAUGCCUGAUAUGGGAAUGAUGGGUCCUGAAAUGAUGGGAGAAAUGCCAGCAGCAGCUGAUGAGAUGAUGCCUGAUGCUGAUGGAGAAGCCCCUGCUGUUUGGAUGGACCCAAGAUGGCACUUUAAGAGUGCCCAGGAGAUGGGGAAGCAGAAGCCUGGGUUCAGGAGACCUGCUGUCUAUUACCCUGUGGUUCUGUACCCCCUUGGGGAGAUGAUGAAGCAGCAGCAAAAGGCCCAGCACCAAAUGACAGCCAGGAUGUACAAACUGUGGCUGAAAGUGGAGUCAGCACCAGUGCCAGAUGACUGUGGCUGCCUGCCACUCUGCACCCCAGCACCACUAUUACCCAUGUGCACCAAGUGCAAGACCAUCCCAUUGUGCACCAUCCGCCUCCUGCCCAUCUGCACACCAUGUGCAGUGGUGUCCAAGCAAAAGUGCAGGUCAUCUGACCAGCAGAGCAAGCGUGAGGAUGAUGCAGAAUCAGAUGCAUUCAUAUUCAAGAGAGAUGAGGCCAAUAAGUCAGAAAAGAAGAAUGAGGACGAAGACAACUCUGCAAAGAAGAAGCCAAAGGAACAAGACAAGAAGAAGGAUGAAGGAGAUGUGGAGGAGAGAAGCAAGCCCAAGAAGGAAGAAGGCAACAAGAGUGAAUCAAAGCAGCAGAAAGAAAAUAAUAAGAAGCCAAAUGAGAACAAUAAGAAAAGCAAGGAGAAGGAGAAGGAGAAGGAGAAGAUGUCAGAAAAGAAGAAGAAGAAGCAGCAGCAGAAGAACAAACAUGAUGCUGCCAAUCCCAAGUACAAGAUUGCAGAUGACAAUAAGAAUAAGAAGAGCAGGAAGGACAAUGAUGACAGCUUUGAAGCUUUCUUGUCUUCCCUUGAAUCAUUUUGAAGUUUGAUGUCAAUAUAAUAAAGCUACCAUGUCUUUCACACUCA